AUGAGAAUGUCGGUGCACCCGCUCCCGCACCCGCCGCCGCUGCUGCCAACGUGGGAGAUUGACCGCUCAUCUCCGAGCUGUGUUCCGAGGUUGUGCAGUCUGACGCUGAAGAAGCUGAUCGUACUGAAAGAGCUGGACCGCGAACUCAGUUCUGUUGUUAUCGCUGUCAAGAUACAGGGGUCCAAACGCAUCCUGAGGUCGAAUGAGUACAUGCUCCCACCCAGCGGCCUGAUGGAAACAGACCUGGAGCUCACCUUUUCCCUGCAGUACCCACAUUUCCUGAAGAGAGAUGCCAACCGGCUGCAGAUCAUGCUUCAAAGGAGGAAACGCUAUAAAAACAGAACUAUUCUGGGCUACAAGACGCUGGCUGUUGGUGUUAUUAAUAUGGCUGAGGUGAUGCAGCACCCGACAGAUGGAGGCCAGAUUUUAGGUCUCCAUAGUAACGUGAAGGAAGCACAGGUGCGUGCAGCGGAACUCAGUGUUUACUCACUGUCAAGUCAACCUAUUGACCCAGAAGACGGCAGUGGUCAGCCAGAGACAAAGGCCAAAGCUUCAGACCGUUCUCCAGAUAUGGAUAACUAUUCUGAAGAUGACGAUGAUAGUUACUCGUCAGAGCAAGAGGCGAGUGAUGACGCUGUUCAAGGCCAGGACCUUUAUGAUGAGGAUGAUGAUGUUCAGCGGAAGCCGAAAAAAUCUAGGAGGAAAAUGAUUAGAACCAUAUCUAUGACCCGGCAACCCAAUUUCAAGCAGAAGUUUGUUGCUCUCCUGAAGAGAUUCAAAGUAUCUGAUGAGGUCUUGGACUCAGACCCAGUUGAUCAGACGCAGGAGGUUGAAGAUUUGGAUCUUCUGUAUGACAGUCUGGAGGUUUAUAACCAGAUCGACAGUGGCCCAGAGAUGGAGGACAACGAGAGUCUUCUCAGCACUCCCAAACCCAAAUUAAAGCCGUUCUUUGAGGGAAUGUCUCACUCCAGCUCACAGACGGAGAUCGGCAGUUUGCACAGUCAGAAGAGCCAGCCGAGAGAGCUGACCACUUCCACUGGUGUCGAUCUGUUAACAGUGGAUAAGAACAGGGUAAUGGGUGGAAGAAAUCCGGAUGACCCUACAGUGGUGGACUCGGCAGCUGGGGAGCUGGUGGAGGACGAGGCGGGCGGCGGCGUGGCAUCAUGUGAAGCCAGCAUGAGCUGGGACGUGAGUGCGGAGAAAUUAGCAGGAACGGUGGGCAAACUCUGCAAGGCUGAGUCGCAGACUCUCAUGUCGCCUAGGUUUCUGUGGCAGUAUUUGAAUGAGAUUCUUCAGGAGCACAAGCAGCCUAUUGUGUCCACCGUCUCCCCCGCAGAUGUUCAGGCCGCCUUCAACACCAUCGUCACCAGGAUUCAACGAUUCUGCAACUGCAAUGCACAAACACCACCCACCAUUAAAGUGGCAGUGGCGGGCGAUCAGAGUUACCUCAGCACGGUCCUUCGCUGCUUUGUGGAGCAGCUCGCCAACAAGACGCCCGAUUGGUUGAGCUACAUUCGGUUUCUAGUCAUUCCUGUCGGUUGUCAUCCACUGGCUAAGUACAUCUCAACAUUUGACAGCAAGUUCAAUAACAUCUUCAUGGACGCCGGAUGGAGGGACGUGUUCGGGAGGCUAGAAGCUCCUAAUUCAGAUAAUAUUGAUGUGGCCGGACGUGUCUCGCAGUAUCUGUCCGGAGCCAAUCUCUCCCACCAGUUCCCUAUUUCUGAAGCAAUGCUCACCUAUAAACAAAAAAGGAAGAGAAGUUUGUAUUUUGAUUUUUACAUCAGCCCUGACGAAGACUCCUGCCAGAAGUUUGUCCCAUUCAUUGGGCUGGUGAAAGUGGGAAUUGUGGAGCACAGCUUAUCUACAUCAGUGGACUCUGAUGACGCAGUGAUGGUGGGCAGUGUGAACAUGCUCUCCUCACCUCCAGCCCAGACGGCAACACCGUACGGGAAAGACAUGACCUCCACCCCUCCGUCAUCCCCCUCCGUUUCUGCCAGUCUCUCUGGAGCAGGUUCUCCAUGCACCGGUGGGGAGGUGAUGGGUCUUCAGGUGGACUACUGGACGCUACAGGGUGCAGAGAAGAAGAAAGAAGGUGAGAAGAGAGACGUGUUAAUUAAGAACACACUGAAGAGCAACUUCCGCUCGCUGCAGGUUUCGCGAAUCCCCAACGGAGGGGAGCCUACACCCCCUCCUGGAAUGGCCAUGACCGUUGUCAUGAAGGAGAAGAACAAGAAAGUGAUUUUCCUGAGCAAGAAACUGAAAGAGAAGGAUGUGGACUCUAAGAGUCAGGUGAUAGACAGCAUCAGCAGACUCAUCUGCACCGCUAAACACCAGCACACCAUGCUGAAGGUGUCCAUCGAUGGCGUCGAGUGGCACGACGUGAAGUUUUUCCAGCUGGCCGCGCAGUGGCCGACUCACGUGAAACACUUCCCUGUAGGAAUCUUUGGCUACAGCAAGCCCAUGUGACCUGCUGCUGCUUCUUCAGCGCGAGGGGAAUUUACAGAUGUGGGAUAAAACAGACAAAUGUGACCCUGGAGCACAAAACCAGUCUGAAGUCGCUGGGGUAUAUUUGUA